GCAUUCUCUGCUGUCUGGAAGGUCGUCACUGGUCGUCACUGGUCGUGUUCUGGUUGUUUUUACUCGCUCGAAUCGGCAACGAACUUUGCUCCUGCGACAUUUUUUGGACUAAUUCAUACUUUAAAGUUCGCGACCAAUACUGAGCUAUUAACUUACAGCUUGAAGAGGAACAAGAGAGGAGAAGCUCAAAAAGGAAGUGUUCUGUCUUGUUAAAAUAAUUUUCGUUGUCUUUUCUGUAACGAAUUUUCAGAAUUCCAUCUCUUUCAUUGAACAAAAUGGAGAAAGUCGGCACGAAAGUAGACACAAAAGUCGACUCGAAAGACGAAAUCACCCCGGUGCAUUCACCAAUGGAUUCGUUUUCCGACAAGCUGGACAAAAACAGCGUCGAUUUGGAAACGAAGAACUUGAGUGAAUUUCUUAGUAACAAACACCCUGCUCAUCCUCAGAAUUGGCCGGCCUGGAAACGCUGGUCGGUGCUUAUUUUUUAUAGUGCCAUGCAGGCAUUUGUGCUGUGGACGUCAAGCGCCUACGGAAGUCUCUCGUCGGCUGUGAGCGAGUAUUUCCACGUAUCUACACAAGUGUCCAUGCUGAACAUGAGUAUGAACAUCCUGGGAUGUGGUCUGGGACCCAUCUUUCUUGGUCCUCUCUCAGACAUUGGCGGCCGGAAGCCCGUGUACUUGGUUUCCAUGGUCAUCUACAUCCUCUUUAACAUUUCGUGUGCAAUUCCCAAGAACAUCAGCCAGAUGAUCAUUUCUCAUUUCAUCAUUGGCGUCGCCGGCAGCACGGCAUUGACAAAUGUCGCUGGUAGUGUGGCCGAUAUGUUCUCAGAAGACGGAUCUGGUAUGGGUAUGGGAAUGUUUACCUGGGCCUGUUCGGUCAGUGCUGUUGGUUCGCCCAUUGGUGCAGCUUUAUACGAGAAUCCGCACAUGGGUUGGCGCUGGCUGUACUGGCUGAACAUGAUGGUCGGCGGCCUCUUCCUUUUGGGUCUUCUUUUUACGCCCGAGACGCUGCCGACACUAAUCAUUCGCAAGUACGAAUUGGCUCAAGGACACUCGGUUGAGUUCAUUCCUAAAUUGACGACUAAGGAUGCUGUGCGAAACAUUCGUUUUGUCGUUACAAUGGGUUUCCGCAUCAUGUUGACUGAGCCGGUUGUCAUUGCUCUUGGUUGGUACAACGCUUUUGCCUACGGUGUCGGCUACUUCUUCUUGAACGCAAUCUGGCCCGUGUUUGCCGGAGUGUACAAGAUGUCGGCCAUGGCCGCCAGUUGCACAUAUCUCUCCAACAUUGUUGCUUGUUUGAUCAUCUAUUUGUAUCAACCAAUCCAGGAGUACAUUUACCAGCUUGACCGCAAGAAGCAUGGCGGUGUUGGUAGACCUGAGGCCCGUUUCAAGAGUGCCGUUUGGAUUUCUUUGCUCUUCCCUGCCGGUAUGUUCCUGUUUGCGUUUACGUGCAGCGGUGGUCACCCUUGGAUUGUGCCUAUCAUCGGUAUGUGUAUGCAAGCAAUCCCCAAUUCGCACAAUUGGCUUUGCUGCUUGACCUACCUUACAGACGCGUACCCCGUCGUUGCUGCUUCUGCUGUUGCCGCAUACACUCUCCCGAGUUAUGCCGGUGCGACUGCCUUUGCCCACAUCAGUAUUGUCAUGUUCGAUAAGCUCUCACCCAAAUGGGCCGUUGCCAUUCUUGCCUUUGUCAGUCUUCUCAUUCCCGUCCUCAUUCUCUGUAUUUACCUUUUCGGCAAACGUCUUCGUGACCGCAGCAAACUUACGGGUGACAAGGCAAUUCGCUAUCUCCCUCAUUAAAACGGACGAGUACUACUUGCAUGAAAAAAGCACAAAUUCAAUUGAGAAAUGUGCUUCCCUAGCAUCCGUUCAACGCCUACUGAUAUGUGUAUUUCAUUUUCCCCUUCUUGUUUACGUUUGACCUUUUUUGGUUUCCUGAUAAAAUUCUCAAAACAUGUUAUUUUUUAAUUUGAGAGAUUCAAAAUUAGUAUAAUGCUUAAUAACGUUUUGCCCAUGUUUCGUUUGUACGAAAUUAUAACUAACAACAUGUCGAAUGCCGGGAAAGAAUAAUGUUGCGGACAGUAAGAGGAUUACAGAAAGUGAAGUAUGGCGUUUUGUUACAAGUGGAAACACUUUUAGAUUUAUUCUGUGAGAG